UGGCGAAAGCCAACAUGGCCGUUCGGAGUCAGUGACUCCCAAAUAAACAGCGGGUGUCCGGCGCUUCCCUCCGCAGACCGGGUGUGCCAGCAGCCGGGGCUGUCCCUGUGGGUCCCCUUCCAGAACGCCGCCACCGCCGUCACCAACCUCUACAAAGAAAGUGUGGAUACCCAUCAGCGAAGUUUUGAUGUAGGAAUUCAAAUUGGCUAUCAGCGUCGCAAUAAGGAUGUGUUAGCUUGGGUUAAAAAACGCAGAAGAACUAUUCGUAGAGAAGACUUGAUCAGCUUCCUAUGUGGAAAAGUUCCUCCUCCAAGAAACUCUAGAGCUCCCCCAAGACUGACUGUAGUAUCCCCUAACCGAGCUACUUCAACAGAAACUAGCUCAUCUGUAGAGACUGAUUUGCAGCCUUUCCGUGAAGCCAUAGCUCUGCAUGGUCUUAGUGGUGCAAUGGCUAGUAUCAGCGUUCGUUCGAGUACCCCAGGCUCUCCCACUCACGUAAGCAGUGGCUCCAACGCUAGUCGAAGGAGAAAUGGACUCCAUGAUGUUGAUUUGAACACUUUCAUAUCAGAAGAAAUGGCACUCCACUUGGACAAUGGUGGAACUAGAAAGCGUACCUCAGCCCAGUGUGGCGAUGUCAUUACAGACUCCCCAACUCAUAAACGCAACAGAAUGAUCUAAACUGCAAAAAUUUCAAACCCACCAUGCUGCUUGAAAGCCACUUGAUCCUCAGAGUACUAUUGAAAAGGAAACAUGAGGCCAUCUUCCCAUAUUCACUGUUUAAGACAAGUGAAUUCAAUAAUUGCCAUAAAGGAAGUUUUAGGUAUUACAGUAGAUGCCUCUUGUAACUGCGGCUUUCUUAAACUAUAUUCUUAGCAGAGGACAUCAGAUAUUGUGUAGUAGUUAGCAAGAUCAUCAUAGGCGAACAUGUAUCCGUUCCAAGGCUAAAAGUGACCUUACUUGUAUUCUUAAAGGGAAAGGAAAUAUCAGAUGUUUAUUUGGUUAUAGAAUGCUUUUUUGUCCUUUAUUUCCUGCUGUGUUGAGUAUUUUGCUUAAACAGUAUUGCCAGUUUGACUGAAAUUGUCUAAAACAUGACUUGGCAUCUUUGUCAAAACUGCAGGCUUCCAUUUUCACAGCACUGUACCAUGCACCUAGUUUCUAUAUAGUAACAGUGUGCAAGUUAAAUAUUGGACUGUACCCUUUUUAGUUUUAAAAGCAGUUUGAUAAUUCUGGUGAUUGUGUGAUGAUGUAAAGAGGUGCUAUGAUGGUCAUGCAAUUAAUACUUAACAUUGAAUCAAUACAAGGAUCUUUAUUGGAUUCACUUUGUGUGUUUUUAGUGCUCUGAAGUAGCAAUAUUAAACUUUUCCCCAAUUAAAUUCAUAGGCUUUUAAAUUUUCAGUUAAAAACAUAUAUGUAUUGGUAUUAUCCUUGUGGUAAACACAAACAGUGCAGACUACCAGGGCUGACCUACAUUUAGAGAAAGAUGUCCAGUAAUUGGAGAGUAGGCUUUUUUUGUUCAGUAUUAGUGAAGGGUAGAUAUUGUGUACAAACGUAUCCCACUUUACAUUUCUUGUGAAGUAAAUGCCUGUAUUCAGGGAAAGGUGGGAGGAGAGGGAAUGGGGAACAGUUAGAAAAGGGUUGUGUUCGAUCUGCUGACAAACCAGGCUUUUGGCCGCUCGUGGAAACUAUCUGGACUCAUUUUAAACCUUCUCUUGACACAUCUUCGGAAUGGGAUGACACACCAAGCUCUCAGAAAACAAUUUAACACUGGAAGUUUUAAUUCUGAAAAAAAAUUCUGGAUAAACAUUAUCAUAUGGAUUAAUUUGAAAGGGAAAAGGUGGCUUCCAUAUAUGUUCAACUGAAUCUACUGGUGAAUACCUGCUGUAGUUCUAAGGAGACAUGAACUUUGAACUCAACCAAGGCUGAUUCUCUAAAAAUCUUACAGUUUAGUUCUAGGUGCAAAUAUUUAUAUUAAAGAACAGCUUCCAAGUCUAUGCCUUUUCUACCAUUAGAAACAGUUUGUCUUUUGAAGAACUGUUGUCUAGGUCCUCAACUUCUGUUUGAGGCAGUUGGAGUGUUUUGAACUAGGUACCCCAUGCACACUAUUGUGAAACACAAACACUAUUCAAGUUUUUUGGGGUGUUUGGUUGCAACUAAAUAGGUAAACUAGGUGGAUGAAGCUGAAAUAUGUUAGAACCAUCAUAUUAAAUUAAUAGUAAUAAAAAAAGCCCCCUCAGUCUCCUGUCUAAGCUUUGGAUAAUCUUGAGAUUCUUUCUUAUACAGUUUGGCCACGGGUUAUAACUGUACAUCUUAGCCUUUUAAAUAGUUUUUCAGGAAAUCUGGCUUGUAGAUUGUCUCCAGUUUCUCUUUUCCAAUCAGCUGAGGCCUGAGUCAAGACUGUUUUCAACUUCCGAUCACCAUAUAGAUUCCAUGGCAUUAAAAGUUCACCAUCAAGGGCAAGGCAAGGUGAGGUUGUGCUAUGCUAGAUUCCUUCCCCCUCCCUCCGCAAAAAAACAAAACAAACUUCCCCCUUCCCCCCCAAAAAUUUGAGGCUGUCCUCAUAUAUGAAGGGGCAUGAUUUCUUUGCUUUGUAGAGCUUCCAUUUCAUAUUUCUAGUAUCUAAAACUUCAGGAGUUUUCAAACCAUUGCAUCAUAAUAUGGCUGGAAGUGUACAGUUAAUGGGAUAAUUACAAUUUUCAAAAUGUUCAUGAAACUUGUGUUGCAUAGCCUAGAAAACAUACCACCUAAAGACUGCCAAUGUAUGUACAAUUAAGUUACUACUACUACUACUGUUGACCUAAAACUAUAGGGCUUUGCGUGAUACUUUGAAAUUCUUACGUAAGUAUAGAAGUAGCUUCCAUUCUAUGAGACUUUGCAUUUUUCAAGCCAAACAGAGAUGUAAGAUAGGAUCUAUGAGAUGUAAACAUUUUUUAAUUCUGUAAAAUGAUCUAAUUUUAAAGAUGCAAGCAGAGGGAUUUCUGACCUGAGAAAUGGAAAUUGCAAGUGGGUGUCAUGAAAAACCUUGAAUGGACAAUGUGCCACUUAGUGAUGAAAACGUUCUUCAGUCCCCUUCCACUUAUUAGUUGAAAUAGUUCAUACUUGUACAAAUAAACUAAUUUAGGAGAUCUUUUGUUUCUAUAAAUCUUUGAUGCUGAACAUUGGGAUUUCUUGAUGUGAUACACUUACUACGUGUAGUAGUACUAAUAUCAGAGCUCCAAAUCGCACUGUGGAAAGUACUGGGUUAAAUGUGACUUACACUUAGACUCUAUCACCAUUAUAACUACGUGCACAGAGCCUGAUCUGUUUUCAAUAAAUGCCUCUGUUUUAAAAUUAAUGCUUUCAAGCUUUGCAUUCAGUCUAGUACCAUUUAAACUAAAUUUGUCAAGCUCUUUGAUUAAUUUGUGCCAUUAUCUUUGGUAAGAGAAAGCAGACUUUAAUAUCUAACUGGUUGCAUUAAUGUUUUUGCUUGUGACUUAACACUUUUGGCAACUUAAUUUUACCAUUUUACAUUUUGGUUUUUCAUUUAGCCCCAAGUAUUACUUGCUCUUUAAAUGUUAAUCCCUGCCAAAAAUGACGUACAAUGCAUGUAUUCAUCUGAUAAACGGAAGGAGAGCAAGAUUGUCUCUUUAAAAAAUAAAUAAACAAACAUGAAGUCCAGUA